CGCGGCGACUUGCUUCUAUUUCUGCGGCUAGGCCCCUAAAAUCACCUCGUUAAAGUCGAAGGACAUUCAAAGACAUUCAAGCUACCAUAAGCCGACGACUUUAAGAGUUUGAUACCCGGGGUUCACACCGCCUAACCCACAUCACAUGUAACGCUUUGCAUAGCAGUGCUUGAAUCUAUCCUGAAGCAGCAUCACCCACACAAGCAAGUUCGCAGCCGACAUACACCCUCCGUCUAUCGCUCGAGGGAACCCGCUUGGGAACCGCCACAAACCAUUCACAAGUUUCAUCCAUCGGCAUAUCAAGCCAUAUAAUCCCCAAUGGCUCUCUCAUCAUUAUCAUCAUCAUCAUCAUCGCCCAGUGAGGCCGUCUCCAGACGACAGUCUCUUUCCAUCGGCUGCGCUCCAAAGAAACAACUCAAUAACAUUGAGGUCCUCAGUCUGAUGCGCCAGCAACGAGAACACCCAAGCCCACUCCGAGAAUGGUCCCCCGUCCACCCAGGCAUCCAGCUGAGGGUCAACCUGCUCAACAAACUCAUCUCGGACCUCGAGCGUACCCAUCUUCGCCUCCAGCAAGAGGCUCAAAAGACGCAACAAGCCUCCCAAAUAGUUCAAGACUUUGCCGCAUGGCCAUCCAUAGCACCCGAGUAUGCCGCGAUAAGGGCAGCCAACCCGUGGCUAGCAAAACAAGCCGCCAAGUAUGCUCGACCAGUCAUCGAGAAGGAGUAUUCCCAGGCUAUUGCUUUUUUGCAAGCUAAGCAGAGGAGAGAACAAUUACCAGAAGGAGACAAGUCAAAAAGGAUAUCUGGGGAGGAGAGGACAUCAAGUCCGGCGUCGAGUCCCGAGGAACACCGCCAGCUUAGGAAAAAGGCGAGUAGUCAGGACCUGCGAUCCAGUCUCAUCACCCACCAAGGCUCGCCUGCUCCCCGUAGGCCAAGGACGCCUCCUGAGAAGGAAGGGAGUGGGAGACCAAAGACGCCCGAGAGACCCACCCCUAUUGUUACGCGACGACCGAAAAAGACCCCAAGCCCACGACAAGGACCACCACCAGUCAACGAGAUCAGGAAACUGCGCCUCUCCCCACACGAUCCGAGCAAAUCUUCGCCUUCCAAAACCCGCAGUAUUCCAUCCGGUCUGUCGCCCAGUCCCAUGUCGAAUCACAUCUCGAAACCGAAGGCCUCGCCGUUGGCCUGCCUAGAGUCGAUGGGCAUUGUCCUCACUCCUGAACAAAGACUCGAAUUUGCCCAGCGCGCCGAACAGCUGGAAGCCAUGGCAUAUCUCGAACUGCGUUGGCAUAGGUUGCACUACGCAAUGACUGAGAUCCAAGGAUUCUGUGUCCGGGGGCUCGCGGAGAGGGAAAGCGAACGGAUAGCCAAGAUGAUGUACCCAAUACGGAGACGGAGAUCUACUGCUGCUGGUGGUUCUGGAGUCUCUGCGCUGCGGGGGUUGCUGGCGGGUUUGGACGAGGACGACGACUUGACGCUCUUUGGUAGCGACGACGAUGACGACGAUUUCGAGAACGAACUGAACCACUACGAAGACGAAUGGGAGGCCGAAUCAGAGGAUUCGGAUUUGGACGACGAAUGUGACUCGGGAGAAAACGAUGACUCAGACGAGGACAACUUCCCCGGCUCGGCAGUUGCCUACAACAACCGCAAGUAUGGUGGUCGCGGUGCCAUCAGCACCAGCAACACCCCGGAUCUCUUCGCUCGCGCCGGAGCACAAAGUAGACUAUCCAUGUCCGUGGACAUGGAACAGCAGCAGCAGCAGCAUCUUCCUCUCGAUCCUCACCAUCCGCCCCUGCCGGACACGCCUCCCGUCAUCUCUAGCAUCGAACGUGACAUUGCCCUCGCAAACAUCGACGCCGAAGCAGAGGAGCCCAUCGCCCUAACCCCUCCCGCCACCCCCAAACCUGCACCCCGAAAAAUCAACCUAAACCCGCGCAACGUGACCCUGCCACCUUCCAACCCGCGCGCCUCAACGCUGAACCUCAGCCUCGGUCUUGGCGGCGGCGGCAACCUAAGAACCAAACCGAACCCGGCACUGGCAAAAGAGAUCGACACCCUCUUGCCCUGCGAGAAGGAGAACCUGCCUAGCACCCCGCUGAAGACGCUGAAUAUCAAUCGGAGUAACGCGCGGCCGCUUGGUGGUGGAACGGGUUUACUCACGCCGGCGGCGUCGGGGCAGAGUAACGGCGGGAAGAAGGUGGGGAUUGUUGAUCUGGGGAUUAAGAGCAGGCCGCCUGUGUUGAGUCGGAAGUUGGGCGUCAUGUCAGCGAAGGAGGUGGAUGGAGGAGGAGGAAAAGGUGAUGCGGGAGGGAGGAAAGAAGAUGCUUGCGCUGCGAAGGAGAAUCAUCCACCUGUUGUUGGGAAUGGCAAUGGUGGUGCAGGAGCCCCUGGAGGUGGCAGUAGUAGUAGUAGUAGUAGACCUGGGCUAUUGAGACCGGGGUUGGGGAGGAGGUUUUCUUAUCAUGCUGGUGGUGGAAGGGUUUUGGGAUAAUGAUUGUGCUCGGCCAUCGAUCUCUAGCAAUGAACUAUGCAAGGGUUUUAAGAAGGAAAAGAGGGAGAAAAUGAACAUUUUGUGCGUGAGCAGGAAAAUAGAGGUAAGAUUGCUAAGAGUUGGAUCGUGACCCACCAAGG